UUUCUACUACAUUUAGCUGCACUGUGUGAGUGCGUGUUCUGGACUGACUGACGCUAAGCGCUGGCUGGCAGUCGCUGCUAGAAGACGGUGAAAGUGAAAGAAGGACUCCAUAACUGUGGAAAGCACCAGAGCAGGCAGUCCCCACACCGGAGCAGAAGGCAGUCCCCACACCGACAGUCAGCACAGGAGGGAGAAAGAGCUCCGGGUCUGAGGCAGCAGCAGUUCAGCAGACACAGCCAUGGCUAACAUCGCGGUCCAGAGGAUCAGGCGGGAGUUCAAAGAAGUUCUCAAAAGCGAAGAGACAAGUAAAAACCAGAUAAGAGUAGAACUGGUGGAUGAAAACUUCACAGAGCUGAGGGGGGAGAUAGCAGGUCCUCCAGAUACACCAUAUGAAGGUGGCAGAUUUCAGCUUGAAAUUAAAAUCCCAGAAACGUAUCCUUUCAACCCACCAAAGGUGCGUUUCAUCACUAAGAUCUGGCACCCUAACAUCAGUUCUGUGACGGGAGCAAUUUGUCUGGACAUUUUAAAAGACCAGUGGGCAGCAGCUAUGACCCUGAGGACGGUGCUGUUGUCUCUACAGGCUCUCCUUGCUGCCGCAGAACCAGAUGAUCCCCAGGAUGCAGUUGUAGCAAACCAGUACAAGCAGAAUGCAGAAAUGUAUAAACAGACAGCGAGACAGUGGUCUCACGUCUUUGCAGGCGCGCCUGUCUCCACUCCAGACUACAACCGCAAAAUAGAUAAACUCUGUUCCAUGGGCUUUGAAAAGAAUGCAGUAGUAGCAGCCUUGUCUUCAAAAUCCUGGGAUGUGGAAACGGCGACAGAGCUGCUCCUUAACAACUAAAACGUAGCCAGGUGUGAGGAUCCCCAACUCCCAUUGUCAUAACAUCAGCCCCCCCGCCCCAGCAUCCAUUCCACCAUUGCCUUGUGUUACACAUACAACCCCCCCACCCCAUUCAGCACAGCAGUCUGAGCCUUCUUUAUAACAAGUCGGUUUGCUACGAACUCAACACCACAAUCACCUGUUCAUUACCGUCUACUCUUCCCCUAACUCAACAUGUUUACUUGUAAUAGACCACCAAACACCUUCGAUCAUGCAUCUUGUAUUCCAUGCCCAUUAUUUACAUCGGAUCUGAAACGUUCUUUCCCACAUAUCUUUGUACCUGAAUAUUGCAAACAAUCAAAUAACUGCCAUUGCUGGAGGAUUUUAAACAAUGUCAAGGAAGUCCUGCAUACUGCUCUCAGAGUACGUCACCUUUCGCUCUCCAGCAAAUGGUUGGUCCUGGUCUUGCUUUAUUAAAUUGACUGGAUAGUGUUCUGCAAAGAGCAAUAGAAUGGAUUUUUCCUGAGCAGUUUCUCGGAUGCUUUAAUUACCUGCAGUUUUUUUUUUCCGAUCUGUAGAUGUAGGUAAGAUCACACAAACAUCUGCACAGAAGUUAUCUGUAAAUAGAUGCGUGUACAUUUGAAAAUACAAUGGGAUAUACUUUUUCUUUUCUUACAUGGCAUUGUAGAACAAAUUAUUUUAAAUAUAAACUAUGCCUAGUUUACAACUAUACGGAGAUAUCUUUAUAUGCUUUGUGAUUUACGAGAAAGCUCUCUGAAUGGCCCGUUUCUUUUUACUAAGAUUGUUGUUUAGGGAAGACACAACAUCCUGGUCCUAGUGGGACAGGAGCUGAGAGCCGGCCCCUGGAGGUCAUGACAAGCCAUCUUUUCUUGUCUUUGCAUGCUCUCUGCUGCCUUUUAUUUUAUUUGGCCAAACGAUGUGGUGAUGGGGAGUGUCUGUUCAUUUCAACAUAACUUUGUAAUCUGAAGAGAGACAGCUGGAAGCUCUCCCAGUGAUAUCCGUAGAGAACCAGUCUUUCUGUUGAGCGUUGGUGGAAAAUCUUCUGAACAGAUUCGCACGGCACCAGCGAUUCUGAAUUUCAUCAAUUGUUUUGAGUUUGCAAUGCUGUGUUUUGUUAAUUUCAGAGCAAUCAUUUUCAGCCACGUAUCAAGGACCUGCUUACCCUCAGUCCUGCUGAUGUAGAACAUUUAGUGGGGGGGUUUAUCGCUCGUCACUGAUCCCAUCCCGCAGGACUCGAUCCAAUCCUUUGGCCAUAUAUAGGAGAAGCCACCAGACAUGCUUUGCUACUCAGCUAAAUACAAUCUUCAUGGAAGUUGUGUUAUGAGUAAUACAAUAGGCUGGCACUCCUCUGAAGCACAUGGCAGGCCUGCAGUGUUUUCAGACAUUUCUAUGAAGAAAUGCUCAGCAUAAAGAGGAAUGGGGUGUCAAUGAAUCCUCACAUGGCUUCUUUCAAAUAGGAAAUAUCUUUUGCUCUACCAACGCAGUGGCAUAUUACAGUACUAAAUGGAGUUGUCGUGCUCUAUCUCCACAGUGAAUUCCCCGCCAGAGCCAGAAGAAACACGGUUCAGAGGUAGAGGAGCGCACCAUUUCUGUUCAUUGUAAAUAGCCCAGUGUCACGAGUGCACCAUUGAUGGCUGGAUCUAUAUUUUGUAAGAAAAAAGGAAGGACAAAAAACAGGAAUGAAGCCCCUUCCCUGGUUUUUCUCACUAUGUACUAUAUUGCACGAUGAUGAAGCAUUAGAUAAGGGGCUGUUUGCAUCUCAGUUUCUCCAUUUGGAUUGAGACUUAUUUUCCUCGUGUCCUUGAAAGUGAGCAUCAGCAGUAUAAAAAGCAUGGUUAUUUAUUGUGACAGUGUCAUGUUUCUUUGAUUAAAAAAAAGUGGAAAAUCAA